AUGUACCUGAUCACGGUGCUGGGGAAACUGCUCAUCAUCCUGGCCGUCAGCUCAGACCCCCACCUCCACACGCCCAUGUACUUCUUCCUGUCCAACCUGUCCUUUGUGGACAUCUGCUUCACCUCCACCACCGUCCCCAAGAUGCUGGUAAACAUCCAGGCACACAGCAAAGCCAUCACCUAUGAAGGCUGUAUUACCCAGAUGUAUUUUUCCAUAUUUCUUGCAGGACUGGAUAAUUUCCUUUUAACUGUGAUGGCCUAUGACCGCUUUGUGGCCAUCUGCCAUCCCUUGCACUACACAGUUAUCAUGAAACCCCAGCUCUGUGGACUGCUGGUUCUAGUGUGCUGGAUCACGAUGGUCUCCUUAUUUUAUUGUUCUGCUAUAGGGGUGUAUGUGAGUUCUACCGGCACCCAAAAAUCACAAUCUAUUUCUAUAGCUUCCGUGAUGUACACAGUAGUCACCCCCAUGCUGAACCCCUUCAUCUACAGUCUCCGGAACAAAGACAUAAAAGGGGCUCUGAAAAUUCUCACUGGGAAGAAAACAGCAAAAGUACCAUUAUCCUAG